ACGGUACGCGCCUGUGAUUACCGCCGUCUUCAUAGCGCCGUACCGCCUGUGUGCCCUCUCCCACCAAAGCCCGCCCGCGCCGCGCGUUCUCGGAAUCGCACGCACCGCGCGCAGCAGCAGUGCUCCCGCCUGAGCGUGCCGCUGCUAGUUCCCAGCUCGCACCGCCUAGCUCCCGCUCUGCACGCACACCGUCGCUGCCGCCGGCUGCUGCAACAGCUUCGCGACGCGGCUGCAUGCCCGUGGCUGAUUGGCCUGCCACACGCUCCCAGCUCGACCUCACCUGCUUCUCUAGUGUGCUGCCAACUUUGGAUCCCGAGCCGUCUGCGGCAUGAGCUUUGCCUGGCCCUGGGCGGCGCAGGCCUGUAUCAACGCCCACCAUGGCGAGCAGCAAACGCCGCAGCUUCUUCGGCCGCAGCUCGCUGCUCGGCGCGCAGAGCAUCCAGGACGACGAGGAGCCCGCGAACCUGCUCCGCAAGCGCCGCACCGCCUCGAUCAGGACCACCCUCUCCGCCGCCGGCUCCAGCUCGCUGCUGGCCGACGACGACACCACCGACCAGCACACGCUGGGAGGGAGCCCCACGCUGCACUCGCCCGCGUCGCGUAGCAGCGGCAAGCGGGCGAGCUCCGUCUUCGGCUCCCUCAAAAGCCCACGCAUACCAGACGAGCACGAAGACUCCAUCGACACCACAUUCUCCCGUGCCCGCACUCUCUCCAACAACUGGACGCCGCCCGAUGAUCCGCCCGCCGCCCGCCAGCCGCUGCUCCACGGAGAGGUGCAGACGAGCAGCUCCGUCUUCCGCAAGAAGAAGGAGUACCUCGUGCUCACGGAAACACACCUGAUGCGUUUCAAGAGCUACUACAAAGCUGCUGAAGCUUUUCCCAUAACCUCUUCCUCGUACAAGCGCAUGUCCUCGUACCGGCACAGCCAGAGCCCCUCCCUCGGUUCGUCUCAUGACCUCCAAUCGCUGGCCUCCGACCAUUCCGGCGACCGUGACAUGGGCAUCCCGCUGCGCCAGAUUGUAGCCGUGUUCCACCAAGAUGAUGGAAGACCUCACUUUGCGUUUGAGGUCUUCUAUCUCGACGAUGAAACGAACCACGCCUCGUCUAUGACCCUCCAAUUUGGAGACCCAGACGAGAUGCACGCGUGGCUUGCAAAAGUUCGAGAAGCCGCUAACAAUAGCAGACUCGCAGAUGCCAACCCGCUGUCCGCCUACAAUUCUCAUUUGGCUGCGCGUGUGGUCGAAUCUCAGUCCGACUAUGUACCUCAACAUUACGCUAUCUACAAGGUCGUGCAGCGUCCCAAUGGCAAGGGUAGUACCCGGGCAUCGUCAGAUGACCUUCCCAAAGCUCUCGCAUCCGUCUGUUUUCUCGCAAUUGGUGUGCACAAAGUUCAUUUGAUACCCCUUUUCAAGCCCCAGUCUCAACGGGCAUCGAGCCCUUCACUGCUUUCAAACAAUACCCAAUCGUCAUAUGGCAUCCUUAGUAUCACCGAGUUGCGCGUCAGCGAACUGGACGAUACAUUCGAGCUCACCUUUCGGACACCACUGCAACGGCCAAAAGUGCUUCAUCUGGCAUCCCUCGCUUCGCACGACAUAGCCGUGCGUCUACGGUAUGUUGAGGAGAACCUAAGACCAGAGUGGGAGUCGCGACCGUACCUAUUCAUCGUUCCCGACCCUGUAAAACAUGAUAUAUUACGCCAAGCUAGCCCGCAUGGAAUUAGCCAAGACAGUUUAGACAGGACCCUGAUUGGAUACUGCGCCGCAUACGGCGUGAAAGCGGAGAACAUUCGUUAUCGGAUUACCUAUCCUGAUGAGGAUCAUCCACGUUUCGAGCUCAUGCCGCCCGGGGGCCGUCGGGCACAUUACACGGAUCUCGAACUCUUAGCUGUCAUGCGUUCAUUACGAUAUAAUGAGAAUUUUGGUGGCAUCUCGUUCAAAGGCGUUUCCCUAGACUGUCUCAACGGCCUGACAGACGACUUUGGCGACGACCAUGUGUGCACCAAGACUAAGAGGGGGACAGUAUUACGUUUGGACGUUGAAGAACUGGGCCGGUCAUGCUUGCUCGUGCAAGAAAUCCGGGCUUUGGCUGUAACAAGCCGGAGGCUCCGACGGCUCGACUUUUCCGGGUGUAUUUCCAGGAAGCCAAGGGAUCACCUGGCAUCAACGGCUAAAGCAAGAGAUGUGGGCUGCGGUAUCGUCGAAGCUUUAUUCCCGCUCUGUAAAUAUCAGUCGACUAAUGUUGACUGGAUUGCCCUGAACAAUAUUCAACUUGGCGAAACAGACCUCGACUACCUGGUGGCUGCAGCUGUUGAACGCUCCUGCCACAUUCGUGCGCUGGAGUUGAGCGGCUGUGGGCUUACGGAUCGGACACUCUCCCUGAUUUUGGACGCUCUUCGACCCCAGGAGAACACCCUGGAAGCCCUGAACCUCUCGUCGAAUCCAUUCCGCGUUUCUCCUACCAUCUUUGACUCUCAGAUUGGAGUCUUUGGAUAUCUCACCAAGCUUCAUCUUUCUAAUGUCGCGCGAACUUCUGGUGACGAACCUCUCAUCGCGGUGGAGACGUUCCAGGCAUGGCGGUUGCAAGAGUUGGUCCUUAGUGGAACCUCAUUGAAUAAAGCAACCGUCGAUGCGAUAGCGAGCUAUCUGGUCAAUUAUAAACAGUCAGCAGCACUUCGGGACCUUCGCUUAGAUCAUUGCUAUCUUACCGGUAGAUCGGUCGCAUUUUUAUUACGAUCCAUGAACGAAAAGCCGGGGAUAGCCCGCAAUCUUCAUUUCGACGUCAGCGAAAAUUACAUAGAAACCGGCCUCCGAGAUCUCACCGAUGCCAUUGCAGGAGGGAUAGCACCGUCCCACCUGACUAUUCGUCUUAUCGAAUUCGAAAGAGAAGAGGAUUUCCGGCAAUUGAUCCUUGCCUUCGCACAAAACAACACCAUACAACAUCUCGACAUCUCUCGCGCCUCGUUACCCAGUGAUGCCUCAGAAGAGACUUGCCAGGCGCUCGAGCGGAUGUUUUCUGACAAUAACACGCUAGAGUGGCUAGAUAUGUCAGGCGAGGAUUCUCGGCUCGAGACAACCAAGCUAGGCGUUGGUAUCAACCGCGCCCUACGAGGCCUGCAGAGAAACCGCACUCUGCGGGUCCUCUUGAUCAAGUACCAAAAGCUCGGCCUCCAAGGCGCCAACACCCUCGCCGAUGUCCUCAAAAUCAACACCACCCUCGAACAACUCUACUGCGAAAACAAUGGCAUCCCCCUCCAAGGCUUCACCGACCUCGUCAACGCCCUCCACCGCAACACCACCCUCCUCCACCUCCCCUCCAUGGACGAAUCCCGCCAGCUCGCCCUCAAAACCACCGAAGACCAAGUAAAGCAGAUCCGCGACGAAGCCUCUUCCACCACCCGCCCCUCAGCGCACCGUCGCUCCUCCUCCGUCCGUCAGAAAUUCACACAACGCGUGCGCGGCCGCUCGGCGUCGGACAAGGCGCUACCCAUGGGAUUGUCAGACCAGGACAUCAAAGCUGCGCUGAGUCUCGUAGAUGAGAGCUGGGAGCGUCAGGAGUACAGACUGCAACAGUACCUGCAAAGAAAUUACAACCUCGCGAAUGGAAUUCCGACGGCGUUGGACGUGGAUGACGAAGAGUUUGAGCGGCCGGGUACGGCGACGAGUCUUGGGAGGCUGGUCGAGAAGGUACAGAUUGAGCGGACGCCGACGGCGGAAAAGGAUGUCCAGCUCGGUGGUGGGGAUUCGGCCGCCCCUGCCCCUGCGGUACAAACUCAGACACAGACGGGCGGUGUGCCGAGUAUUUCACUGAACGGAUCGACGCAGGGCUGGAACGGGCAGCCGCUGGACAGAGUCACCAGCUUGGAGAAGGAGAUUGAGCGCAGCUUCUCGGGGAUUUGGAGUCGGCCGCGGCUUCCGAGUUGAUCAUCUCCCACCUUUCCAUGGUGGAGAGAGGGAGUGAAGGUGUUCCUGUACACUUGUCCGUCUUGGACGCACGCUUUUAUUCGCACGCGGGGCUGCUUGCUCUCCUCGGUUUGGGACGUGACUAUGCGCCUCGUCUGCCUUCUUAUUGUAUAGAUUUUGCGCGUGUUGCAUUUGCAUAGGAUAGGACUCAGGUCUGGGAAAGAUAUACGCGAGAACCCCGGCAGGCAUAUACCAUUGGAUGGGUGGAUACCCUUGGAUGGACAGACGGGGGGCUACCUUUUGCCAUUUCUCUCUCAGCAAUGCUUACAGUGAAAGUUCUGUCUUCUAGGUACAUAGGCUAUGAGUUGGGUUGAGAUACACAGGUGAAAUAUUCGAAUGGUCAGUACUUAAACACC